CUCUGUCUCCCCGCCCUCGGAGGCGUUUCAAAGCCUGGAGAGUAAUGACCAAAUAUUGGUCCCAGCUGAUGAAGAUUGCACUGUCUUCCCUCUGUAAAAGCAGUUGAAUAGAUAAGACCGACAGAAAACAGCCAUGGGGGAUGACAGUGAAUGGAUGAAGUUACCCAUCGACCAGAAAUGUGAACACAAGAUUUGGAAAGCGAGAUUAAAUGGAUACGAGGAAGCAUUGAAGCUCUUCCAGAAGAUAGAAGACGAGAAGAGCCCAGAAUGGGGCAAAUACCUUGGGCUUAUCAAGAAAUUUGUAACAGAUUCAAAUGCCGUAGCCCAACUCAAAGGACUGGAGGCAGCACUUGCUUUUAUCGAGAAUGCACAAGUGGCUGGCAAGACAACUGGGGAAGUGGUUUCUGGUGUGGUCGGCAAAGUCUUCAACCAGCCCAAAGCGCGAGCCAAGGAGCUGGGAACUGAUAUAUGCCUCAUGUACAUAGAGAUCGAGAAAGCAGAGGUGGUCCAGGAUGAGCUGAUCAAAGGACUGGAUAACAAGAACCCCAAGAUUGUUGUCGCUUGCAUUGAGACGCUAAGGAAAGCACUUUGUGAAUUCGGUUCGAAGAUCAUAACUCUCAAGCCUGUUGUGAAAGUGUUGCCAAAAUUGUUUGAGUCUCGAGAAAAGGCCGUUCGAGAUGAGGCCAAAUUGCUGGCGGUGGAGAUCUAUAGAUGGAUUCGUGAUGCGCUGCGAACUCCCCUCCAGAAUAUCAACUCUGUACAGUUGAAAGAGUUGGAGGAAGAAUGGGUGAAACUGCCAAAUGCAGCUCCUAAGCAGACCAGGUUCUUGCGCUCUCAGCAGGACCUUAAGGCCAAGUUUGAACAACAGCAGGCUGCAGGAGGAGAUGAGGCGGACGGAGACGAUGAUGAGGUUGAAGCUGCUCCGGUGGAUCCUUAUGAGCUUUUGGAAGCUGUCGAGAUCCUUUCUAAACUUCCUAAAGACUUCUAUGAGAAAAUUGAAGCAAAAAAAUGGCAGGAGAGGAAGGAAGCAUUGGAGGCAGUGGAGGCUUUGACUAAGAACCCAAAACUAGAGAGCGGAGACUAUGGGGACUUGGUUCGAGCGCUAAAAAAGGUUAUUGGGAAAGAUGCCAAUGUAAUGCUAGUGGCCAUGGCAGCCAAAUGCUUGGCUGGACUGGCAACAGGAUUGAGGAAGAAGUUUGGGACAUAUGCAGGUCAUGGGGUGCCAACCAUCUUGGAGAAGUUCAAGGAGAAGAAACCUCAGGUGGUUCAGGCCUUGCAGGAGGCCAUUGAUGCAGUCUUCCUUACUACAUCCUUGCAAAACAUCAGUGAGGAUGUUCUCUCAAUGAUGGACAACAAGAACCCAUCCAUCAAGCAACAGGCUUCACUGUUCCUCGCCAGAAGCUUCCGUCACUGCACCCCGAGCAUGUUGCCAAAAAGCGUUCUGAAGCCCUUCUGUGCAGCGUUCCUCAAGCAAGUGAAUGAUUCUGCUCCAGAGGUUAGAGAUGCUGCUUUUGAGGCUUUGGGGACGGCCAUGAAGGUAGUAGGGGAGAAAGCAGUUAACCCAUUCCUGGCUGAUGUUGACAAACUCAAGUUGGACAAGAUAAAAGAAUGUGCUGAUAAAGUGGAGCUUGUUGGAAAGAAAGGAGGCGGUGGAGGAGAGAAGAAAGAGAAACCUGCUGCAAAAGCACCUCCACCUGUUGAAGCACCUGCCAAACCAUCCGGGCCUCCUAAGAAAGCUGCUCCUGCAAAGGCUGCAGGACCUCCCAAGAAGGGCAAACCUGCCUCUACCCCAAGUGCAAAGUCCAAGAAAGCUUCAGACACAAAGGAGAUUGUUGAGACUGAGUUAUCUCCUGACGUUUGUGAGGAGAAGGCUGCCGCUGUGCUCCCAGCCUCCUGUAUGCAGCUGCUGGACAGCGGUAACUGGAAGGAGAGACUUGCUAGCAUGGAAGAGUUUCAGAGGGCUGUGGAGCAGAUGGACAAAUCUGAAAUGCCGUGUCAGGCUUUAGUCAAAAUGCUGGCUAAGAAACCUGGAUGGAAAGAGACCAACUUUCAGGUCAUGCAAAUGAAGCUCCACAUUGUGGGUUUAAUCGCACAAAAAGGAUCGUUCUCAAAGACAUCUGCAUUGGUGGUUCUGGAUGGUCUGGUUGAUAAGAUUGGAGACGUGAAGUGUGGAAGUAAUGCUAAAGAGGCUCUCACUGCGAUCGGGGAGGCCUAUUCUCUGCCGUGGACUGCUGAGCAGGUUGUCUCGAUGGCUUUCACUCAGAAAAACCCUAAAAACCAAGCAGAGACGUUGAGUUGGUUGGCCAAUGCCAUGAAGGAGUUUGGAUUUGCAGGAAUAAAUGUCAAGGCGUUCAUCAACAAUGUCAAAACUGCUCUGGGUGCCACAAAUCCUGCUGUGAGGACAUCAGCGAUCACUCUGUUGGGAGUCAUGUAUUUGUACAUGGGCGCUCCCCUUCGCAUGUUCUUUGAAGACGAAAAACCAGCCCUCCUUUCACAAAUUGAUGCUGAGUUUGAAAAGAUGCAGGGUCAGUCUCCUCCCGCCCCCAUCCGUGGCACCAAAAAAGCAGGAGCAGAAGAGGAGGGAGACGCUGCUGAAGAAGAGGAGGUGGACGGUGGAGCCGGAGACAUCAUGGACUUGCUGCCCAGAACUAAUAUCAGUGAUAAAAUCACAUCGGACAUGGUGUCCAAGAUUAGCGACAAGAACUGGAAGAUAAGGAAGGAGGGGCUUGAUGAGGUGGCAGCAGUCAUUUCUGAGGCCAAAUUCAUCCAGGCCAACAUCGGCGAGCUGCCGAUGGCGCUGAAGGGUCGUCUCAACGAUUCCAACAAACUACUGGUCCAGCAGGCUCUCAAUAUUCUGCAGCAGAUAGCCACUGCCAUGGGUCCCUCUCUGAAGCAGCAUGUCAAGAACCUGGGAAUUCCAGUAAUUACUGUUCUUGGUGACAGCAAGCCCAACGUCCGUGCUGCUGCCUGGUCAACACUGAAUGCAUGGGUGGAGCAGACUGGAAUGAAGGAGUGGCUUGAAGGAGAGGACCUAUCAGAAGAGCUCAAGAAGGAAAACCCCUUCCUCAGACAGGAAAUGUUGGGCUGGCUUGCUGAGAAGCUGCCCACACUGCAUACGGUGCCCGCAGACCUCAUGCUGUGCGUGCCUCACCUGUACGCCUGCCUGGAGGACCGCAGCGGCGAUGUGCGCAAGAAAGCUCAGGAUGCGCUUCCCACCUUCAUGAUGCACCUGGGCUAUGAGAAGAUGAGCAAGGCUACCGGCAAACUAAAGCCGGCCUCAAAGGACCAGGUGGUUGGCAUGCUGGAGAAGGCCAGGGCCGUGAUGCCAGCCAAGCCUGCAGCUCCUGCCAAAGCUGCAGUUUCCAAACCUCCCGCCUCCAGCGCCCCUGCUGCCAAACCAGCCUCAGCUCCAGCCAGGAACCAAAGUCCCAGUGAAGAUUUCAGUGAACCUGAACCCAAACCAGACACUAAGAAAGCUAAACCAGCAGGUCCUGCAGCUAAAAAGGGUGUUGUGGGUAAGAAACCUCCAGUUAAGGCUGGUGCAAAGGAUGAGGAGGACAAAUCUGGCCCCAUCUUCAUCCUCGUUCCCAACGGCAAAGAGCAGAGGAUCAAGGAAGAGAAGACAUUGAAAAUUCUCAAGUGGAACUUCAACACUCCUCGUGACGAGUACGUGGAGCAGCUGAAGACUCAAAUGUCCACAUGUCUGGCCAAGUGGCUGCAAGACGAACUUUUCCACUUUGACUUUCAACGCCAUGUAAAAGCUAUUGGAGCCAUGAUCGAGCGCAUGGAGACCGAGUGUGAGGCUGUGAUUGGCUGUCUAGAUCUGAUAUUAAAGUGGUUCACUUUGCGAUUCUUUGACACAAACACCAGUGUGCUGAUGAAAGCCCUGGAGUUCCUCAAGCUGCUCUUCACCAUGCUGAGCAGGAAGAACUACCAGCUUAAUGACUAUGAGGCCUCAUCUUUCAUCCCCUACCUGAUCCUCAAGGUUGGCGAGUCAAAGGAUGUGGUGCGUAAAGAUGUCAGAGCUAUUCUGACAAUGCUGUGUAAAGUCUACGCGGCCAGUAAAGUCUUCCCUUUCCUAAUGGAAGGGACCAAAUCCAAGAACUCCAAGCAGAGAUCUGAAUGUCUUGAGGAGCUCGGCUGCCUGAUUGAGAACUUUGGUAUGAAUGUGUGCCAGCCAACUCCAGCCAAGGCUCUUAAAGAAAUCGCCAUUCACAUCGGAGACCGUGACACCACGGUCCGCAACGCUUCGCUCAAUACAGUCUUGGCUGCCUACAACGCCUGUGGAGACCAAGUCUUUAAACUCAUUGGCAAUCUGUCUGAGAAAGAAAUGAGCAUGCUGGAGGAGAGAAUCAAACGUUCAGCCAAGAAGACACCUGCAGCAUCAGCCAAACAGGAGCGACCUCAGAGAGAGCAUCCCACCAAUCCCAAUGCAACUUUCCUGCGCAAGCCUACUCAAGAGGAAGUGCCCAACAAGCUCAGUCAAGCUCGGGCGCAGCACGCUCACUUGGAGCAGCCGGCUCCGUCCAUCCCGAAGGAGUUUCAGCUGGAUCUGGAUGUGUUCGAGAACAACCACACGUGUGCCAGCGAUAUCCCUGACCUGGUACAGCACAAACUGGAGGAAGUUCUGGAGCCGGUCAUGAUUCCUGAGCGCAAGAUGAAUUCGGUCUCUCCUCAUUUUGAUGACAUUCACAAUAGCACUGCCUCCACCAUCAACUUCGUCAUCUCUCAGGUGGCCAGUGGGGACAUUAACACCAGUAUCCAAGCCUUGGCACAGAUUGAUGAGGUCCUGAGGCAGGCGGACAAAACACCUGUCUCCUGUCCCAUGCAGUGUCUAUGGAGAAUGAUCCGUUUCCUGCCACAGACCAUCAACAGUAUUAAUCUGGACCGCAUCCUGCUGGACGUGCACAACUUCAUGAAGGUUUUCCCUAAAGAGAAGCUCAAACAGCUGAAGAGCGACAUUCCCCACCGGACGCUGAAGACGCUGCUGCACACGCUCUGCAGGCUCACCGGCGCCAAGAUAUUAGAUCACAUGUCCAUGAUUGAGAACCGCAACGAGUCGGAACUGGAGGCGCAUCUGAGACGGGUGGUCAAGCAUUCGGCAAACCUCUCCGGACUCAAGUCUGACAAGAGCACAGAGAAGGGCGCCCUCAGAUCGGAUGACAAAGUGAUUAAGGCCAAAGUGAGCGACAUUCUUUCUGAGAUCUUCAAAAAGAUUGGCUCCAAGGAGAACACUAAAGAGGGUCUGACGGAGCUGUAUGAAUACAAGCAGAAGUACUCUGACGCAGACCUCGAGCCCUUCUUGAGGAACACGUCCCAGUUUUUCCAGAGUUACGUGGAGCGAGGACUUCGCAUGAUUGAGUCAGAGCGUGAAGGAAAAGGCCGAAUUCAGACCUCCACAGUAAUCCCUCAGCACAGCACAGACUCGUAUUUGCCGAGCUCCAGUGCCGUGCCCAUCAGCAGUAAUGGAGAAGAUCUGAACGCUGCCGCCUACUACGAGAGACUGAAGAUCUUACGGCAACGGCGCGGACUUGAGAACUCAACGGUGUGUCUCUUAUUAAAACUUCAGUCAAGACACAAUGGACUACAUUUUCGAGGGUUGAAAAUGCCGGAGUACUUGUGUGUGCUCCACAGCAAACUGUCCCAGCUGAAGGAGUCCCGUGAGCACUUCCAGCAGGAGCGCACGCACUCCCACAGCCCCACCCGCUCCUCCUCCCCCGCCUCCAACCUCGACGACCUCAAAAAGAGGCUGGAGAGGAUAAAGAGCAACCGCCAGUAGAUCAGCGCCUCGCCUUCAUUCUACGCUAACGCACUAGUUAGUCAGCCGGCUUCCCAAACUCCACCAUCCCAACGUUUUUCAGGGUAAACGCGUGCAUAGAUUACAGUUAUGCGAAGUAGGAUGAAAAAAUAAAUAACUCGGUCUAUACAUUGUAUAAUAUUAAGUAAACAUUUUCUGUAUGUUAGUAUUGUGCACAGUUGUUUUUGUACAUACAGUGGCUAACUACACCAGGCUUUUAUGUGUCAUUUAGGGUUUUCCGUGUACAGUUUUCCUGUGCAGAAUGCUGUAAUAUGUGUAACUGAUGCUUGUUUUUUUUUAAUAGACAUUUUAGAGAAAUCUGAAUUUUAAUGUCGCUUUCACUUGGUCUCAACUUCUAUCUGUUCAACACUGUUUGCCAUUUUUGCUGUUUUCUUUCUGCCUUUUCUUUCUCUCUAUUCCAAGCAUCUUUGAAGCUCUCAUAACUUUUGAAGAAUUGAUUCCUUUCUUUUAAGGAGCAUGGCAUGAAGUACUGGAUCUUUCUUUUUAUGUAAAUAAAGUUUGCAUUACUAAAGGCU